CAUCCAUGUUCGCAGCAAGGGUAGGUUCACUGACCUCCACAGUCGUGGAAGACGAGACGGAUGGCAGCCCGGGCGUCUGGGUUGCACUGCCCUCCUGUAAGGAAUUUCUGAGUGAGCUCCUUGCUGAUGGAUGUCCACACGGCGGGGCAUUGGCCGUUGCCCCCUCCGUCCCCAGAGCUGCCGCUGCCGCUGUUGCCGCUGCCACUGUUCCCACUAUCUCCGUUCUUGCGGGGCAAGAACUUGACAAACUCCGUGAUAUCUGGGAAUGACAAGGCCGUAGCGGUGGAAGCAAGGAAGAGGAUGAAGGCGAACCGCAUCUUGGUGGGUGAUGUGUUGCGAUAAUGAGCUGAAAUGUAUUUCUUUGAGAGCUUUAGAUCAACUCUUGGAUCCUUUUAGAUAGUCUCAAGAAGGGGAGAAAGUUGAGCAGCAAUACUCUGUGGAUGUACCUGCUGUCUUAUACACUGUUGCUCCACGUUCGAGAAGAGUCCGGAUACACAGCUGGCCGGCGACUUGGUCUGCAUAGUCAGCCACGAAAGCCGGCGUGGGACUUUCUCUAUCGAUGCUGCAAGCCACAGGCAUACGAUCCAGAAGCGAAGCAUGGACCUCGCCGUGAAGACGCAUGCUCAGGCGCGUUGGGCGGUGCAUAUUCGUUAAGCAAAGUGGCCGUGCAAAGAGGGCGAGAUGCUGGCAUAUCGGCGAGCAAUAGCUCGAGAAGCCUAGCGCGGGUCACAGGCCUACUGCGCGGAGAUCCAAUAGCGCUGGCUCUUGAGGGUUCUUUAUACCUCGAGCUGACUUCUCCUCAACACCACGGUCGGAAACCAAGCUUCGGCUCUUCCGCAACGGUGUUUGCCGUAUCUGACCACUUGUCUUGGUGGGAAAUGAAAUGGGGAAGAGCAGGAAAUGGGAAAAGGAUCUUGCCUUCCGAAUUCGACCUCAAGAUAUUGUUACCUGGAGCAGCACAACAUGGCUUAUGGAUUCGACUGGAUGACGGACUUGAAGCAGUUAGGCCAUCGUGAUAUUCGUGAUCAGCUUUGAGCGUUUCGAGCCUCCGAUCGCAGGAUGGACCGAGAGCAGGGUCUAGAUGGCGGUACAUUCCGAGUGAGGUGUAGCGAACAUGG